AUGUCGGAGCCCGGCGCCCCCGCGGCCGGUGAUAAACCGCCCCGGCUCCAGGACCGCGUCCUUCGAGGGCUGCGCUGGGGCCGCCUCCAGGAGCCGCUGGGUUUCAUCAAGGUGCUGGAAUGGCUCUUUGCCAUCUUCGCCUUCGGCUCCUGCGGCUCCUUCAGCGGCGAGACCGGAGCCACAGUGAAAUGUGAAGGUGGAGGGAUGACAGCCAUCAGCAUCCAGUUCGGGUACCCCUUCAGGUUAUACCAGAUUCCCUUUGGGAUGCCCAACUGUGAGGAUGAAUCAGAAGCCCGCACCCUGUACCUCGUGGGCGAUUUCUCCGCUCCCGCCGAGUUUUUCGUGACCCUGGGGGUCUUCUCCUUCCUCUACUCCAUGGCUGCUCUGGUGCUCUACCUCCGCUUCCAUUCCCUGUACACGGAGAACACGAAGCUCCCGUUCACAGAUUUCUGUGUCACCGUCUGCUUUGCCUUCUUCUGGCUGGUGGCGGCGGCGGCGUGGGGCAAGGGGCUGAGCGACGUGAAGGCGGCCACGCGCCCCUCGGCCCUCAUCGCUGCCAUGGCCGUGUGCCAGGCCGAUGGUGUGCUCUGCAACGCUGGCACCACGCCCGCCAUGGGGCUGGCCAACAUCUCGGUGCUCUUCGGGUUCCUCAACUUCCUGCUGUGGGCCGGGAACUGCUGGUUCGUGCUGCGGGAGACGCCGUGGCUGCGGCCGCCCGCGUCCCGCGACAGCGCGGCCGAGCAGGGCGCCAUCGACAAGCAGUGA